GUGGUCGAGUGGACAUUAAGUGGAGUCAAGCGAUUAUCGAUUACUCAGUUAUCUCGAGUGUCGAAGUUGCGAUUUCAUUGCAUUGACAGCGUUCGAUUUUAGAGUUCAUAGUGGUUCAUAAUUAAUUCUGGGAUCUGUUUACUGUCAAGUGAUUAAUUAAAUAAUUAAAAAAAUGCCAGGAGGUGUUGAAAAACGAACUGUAACACCUGCAAUAAGUAUAUUUCGAAAUUUUCUGCGAGGUAAACCUGUUGUAGAAUCGCUAAGGUUCGCAGAUGCUGUCGCAGCGCGCACACAACCUCCCCCUACUAUACCUGGUGGGCCAUAUCACAAAACUUCCAAAGUAUAUUACUAUACACGCGACGCUAGAAGGCUUGUUCAACCACCCAUUGAUAUAACCAUACAAAAACAAAUCAAAUCGACACAAGAAUCUGACGCCGAAUCUAAAAGAUUCAUACCAGGGAAAUGUCAACCUAUUCACUGAGAAUGCAUGAAUAUAAAAAGGUAUUCAUUGAAUGUUAGUUAUGGUAUAGACAGAAUAUGUAAUAAAUAGUUGUUAAAUAAGAGGUAUAUACACACAGAGGUAUCAGACUUUCAUGUAAAUAAAGUAAACAUUUCGUUUUAAAGUAA